UAAGGCGGACGGGCGUCGUCGGGGCACUGGCGCAGCGGCAGUGGCCCGCCACUCAUGUCUACCCAUGUCGUCCGCGACGACGCUGCCACUGCUCUUCAUGUUGCUAACUGUCGGCCAUGGAGCUAAGGAGAAACCUGAAUUCAGCGAGGAAAUCAGGGAAAUAAUCCAACAUGUACACAACACAUGCGUCGACAAAACCGGGGCUGCAGAGGAGGAUAUAACGAAUUGCGAAAACGGCAUAUUUAAGGAGGACCAGAAAUUGAAGUGCUAUAUGUUCUGUCUGCUGGAAGAAGCGAGUCUCGCCGAUGAGGAUGGUAUUGUGGACUAUGACAUGUUGGUCAGUUUGAUUCCCGAGCAGUACUACGAUCGAGUUACCAAAAUGAUCUUCGGCUGUAAACAUCUUGACACUCCAGACAAAGAUAAGUGCCAGAGAGCUUUUGAUGUCCACAAAUGCUCUUACAAUAAAGAUCCCAGUUUUUACUUCUUAUUCUAAGGACUUAAGAUAACAGCUGACGUGAGAGAGAGAGAGAGAAAAGCUUCUAAUUAAAAUAGUUUUAGCUGCAUCCAAUAACUUGUUUCAUUUUCAUAAAAUCUUUA